GAGGAUUUUAGGUUAUGUUCUAUUGAAGUGGUUGAGUUGUAUUUGUUUAUAAUUAUUUCAAAUAUUUACGCCAUAACCCAACGCUAGUUCCUUGCUUACUAUGGAUUUGGCUUAGUACUGAUGCAUAUUAAGUUUUACUUUUUACAUUAUUGGUUUAUUAAUAGGUGAUAAUGAAGUUCUCAUUCAAGUUUUCGAACCUGUUGGGGUCAGUGUACAAGAAAGGAAAUCUCUUAUUUACUCCAGAUGGGAACUCUGUUGUAAGUCCAGUAGGAAACAAGAUAACCAUUCAUGAUUUAAAAAAUAACAAAUCGUCAACACUGCCAGUAGAAAGUAGUUACAACUUCACGUGUCUGGACUUGUCACCUAAUGGCUACAAUCUCAUUGCCAUCAACGAACAAGGAGAUGCCUACCUGAUCAGUCUACUCAGUCGGAGUGUCGUGCACCGGUACAAGUUCAAUCAUGCUGUCACAUGUGUCAAGUUCAGCAGUGACGGCAGCCGGUUCGCUGUCUGCAAACAGAACAACGUGUUCAUAUUCAAGGCACCUGGCCAGUUCGGGGGCAAGUUCAAUCAGUUUGUGAUGGAGAGAGUCUAUCACAAUGCCUUUGAUGAUACUACAUGUGUGGAUUGGGCCUCUGACUCCAGGGUACUGGCUGUGGGCUGUAAGGACACUUCAACACGGCUCUAUUGCCUUGACAGAAUGGCCAACUUCCGUCCCAUCACUCUAGGUUCUCAGAAUGACGUUAUAGUUGCAGUUUUCUUUGAGAAUAACUCUCUCGAUGUCACCACAGUAGCAAGGUGAGUUUCAGCUUUGAUG